AUGGACGAGGAGGCCCCCUACGACCCCAAUGCGGCCCUGGCCUUCAUCACCUCCCAUUUCAACGAUCUCAUCCAGGCCCUCAUGGCCGACGCGCACGCCCAUCCGCUACAUGCCGACACUGCCGGCACGCAUGUCGCGGUGCUCACCCAAAACUUCCAGAAGGCCAUCGACCUCGCUGCUGCUGCCCGUGAGAGCAUCGCAGCACAGAGGGUGUGCCACAACGCCAAGAUGCCCAUCGCCAAACAGACCGCCCUCUUCGGCCUCGGCGACGUGCCCGCGAAGAAAGGGGAGGAGUAUGCCCCGGGCACCGGGCCGAAGCUCAGCGACCACUACGAGGUGCGCUGCGAGAGCGCGGAGCUGGGCAAGGGGUCCUACGGGGUCUGCCACAUGGCCUACCACAAGCAGUCAGGUACCCGAUGUUGCAUGAAGUCGGUGAGGAAGGCCAUCCUGGGGCGCCACUACAUCCGGACCUUUGUGGAGAAGGACAUGUUCGGCUUCCUUCUCGAGGUUGCCGUCAACCACCACCAUUCCCACGUCGUCAGGCACCUCGACUUCCUGCUAGGCGAGCAGACGGUCUACACUGCCAUGGAGGUGCUGCACGGAUUGGACUUGAGCACCUACUUGCGGGAGCACGCGCCGAUCACCGAGGGCUUCGCGCAGACGG